AUGUCGGAGCGGAAGAGGCAAGGAACGCAGGUCACCGUGACCGUGCCCGGCGGCGCACCUCCGGGGACGGUGCUGGCAGUACCGAUUCGAGGUGGUGAAGAUGUGCUGAAGGUUCGUGUACCAGACGGGUGUGGCGCAGGCUCCACCCUGCUCCUGACAAAGGCAGAUGGAGCAAAUCAGUGGUCUAUGUCCGUCGGGAUGAUAGUGCCAGUCGAGGAUGCAGAGGCCUUUGCUGAGGAAGAAGUCAGCGGCUUUGGUGAAGAUGUCGGCAACAACACCGGUGUGAAUGGUGUGGACGGUGCAGACGAGGACAUGCGCUCAGAAGAGCAGCGCCAAAAGGAGCUCGAGAAGGAAUGGAUGCAGCAGCAGCAGGUGGGCGCUCAAUCACCGGAAAAGAAACCCGCCGAACGGUCGAAGGAGCCUGCUCCCGAAGAAGCCAUCGAGCAACCUAUUGAGCCACCCUCGUCCGCCUUCACCGUGCGGUUGGAGACGACUGUUGGCACCAUCGACAUCGUUGUGCGACCGGAUUGGGCUCCGAACGGUACCCGACGUUUUCUCGAGCUCGCCGCAGCAGGUGACUUUGAUGAUCGAGCAUUCUACCGAGCUGUGCCAACUUGUAUCGUUCAGUUUGGCUUGCCUCCCAAGCGCGACUUACCGGCCAUCCCGGACGACCCUGCCACCGGCGUACCUUUCUUGCUGGGAGCCGUCGCGUUUGCCGCGGUUGGGGAAAACACUCGUCGGUCAACAAUCUUCAUCUGCACAGGCGACAUGUCUCACUGCCUGGGCCGAGAGUCUUGGGAGACACCUAUUGGGGCCGUCGCCGAAUCAUCAUUGGAUGUUCUG